UCCGCCUGCUGGGCGCGCCGUUGCGGCUGGAGGACUGCGCCUUGCAAGUGCUGCCUUCUGGAUACUACUUGGACCUGGAACUUUCGCUGCUGGAGCAGAAGGACGAUCUGGAAGCAUUUUACGAAGACAUCAGCAAAGGGAGGCGGCCAAUCCUGCUUCUGCGCACGCAUCUCUCGGUCCGAGUGCAUGCCAUCAUCGAGAAACUGUACUGUUCCAAGGGUCCGGAGCUGAGGCGUUCCCUCUUCUCCCUCAAGCAGCUUUUCCAGGAUGACAAAGACCUGGUGCCCGAGUUUGUCAACUCCGAAGGGCUGACGUGUCUCAUCUCAGUGGGAGCUGAAGCUGACCAGAACUACCAGAACUACAUCUUGAGGGCUCUCAGCCAGAUCAUGCUGUUUGUGGAUGGAAUGAUGGGGGUGAUCCAGCACCCAGAGACGGUGCAGUGGCUCUACACCCUGACGGGCAGCCUGUAUCGCCUGGUGGUGAAGACAGCCCUGAAGCUUCUCCUGGUCUUCGUGGAGUUCACCGAGUCCAAUGCCCAGCGGCUGAUCCAGGCGGUGGGGACUGUGGAGCAGGUCAGAGGGGGCUUUCCGUGGUCUCCCCUUGUGGCCAUCCUGGAGCAGAAGAGCGGGGCGGAUACUGAACUGCAGGUCUUUGCAAUGACACUCAUCAACAAGACGUUGGCUGCCCUCCCUGACCAGGACUCCUUCUACGACGUGACAGAUUGUCUGGAGCAGCAGGGCAUGGAGCGGCUUGUCCAGGCACACCUGGCCAGCAAGGGCACGGACCCGGACCUGAGGCAACAACUUUCCCUCUAUGAGAAUUCCCUGAAGGAGGAGGACGGGGCAGAAGAGCCUCUGCUGGCCACCCGAGCCAAGGAGCGGCGGAGAGGGGAUGAGUGCCGGCAGGGGGCCCGGCGCUCUUUCCCCAAUGCUGUGGCCCAGGAGGAGAACAGAGAAGUCCCUGCUGCUGCUGCUGCUGCUGCUCCGCAGACGCUGGGCCUGGAGGGAGAGAGCUGCGAGCAGCUGCCCAGCUCCAAGGGCUCGUACAGCAGCACCUCCUGCAUGCAACUCUCUGCGAUGCCGGCCCCCGUGGAGGGGGAGCCGCUGGCUGGCCUGGGCGAGAGGAGCGUUUUCAAAGCCCGUUUUUUGGAAAACCUGGCUGCCUCUCAGAAAGAGAAGAUCACUGCCAUCACCCGUGGACGCGCAGAUGUUCUUGCUGAAGCUGUUUCGAGCACUGAGCAAGUGGCUCCAGGGCGGUGGAGCGAAGGACAAAACGGAAGCACCAACUGGAAAGGGCCCAGCUCAGAGCCUGGUUUGGAGCACGAGGAGGGCAGGGAGAAUGUGUCCCCCAAAGAUGCCUCUCUAAGCCACCUCAUUGACACCACCUGCAUCUUGGGCCCAGACCCAGAAUGUGCCCCAGGUGGCAUCAAUGGGGCUCUUGAGAGUAGCAAUGCUUCUGCGAAGAGAAAACAGAUGCUCAACAUGCUGUUUGCUAAUAAGAGCCCACCAGGCACGGAGAGGAUGCUGCUCACAGAUCACUGCAUGGAAGAGACAGAGAAGAUUGGGCCUCGGGAAGAGGAGAACCAGGAGAGGAUGGGGCAGCAGACAAAAUCUUGGGCCCUUCCCUUGAAAAGCCAGUUCAGCGUUGAAGCGGAGACCAGUCUGAAGAGUCUGGACAGGGCCCAGGGAAGGGGAGGCCCAUGGAUGCCUGGUUCUCAGCCUCUGAAGAUCCAGGAUCUGGACUUCUCAGACCUGUGUGAGGAGGAAGAUUUUGACGCACAGGAAGCAAAGGUGGCCAAGAUGGCCUUGCCCCACAUGGCUUUGGGGGCAGGUGAGGACCUGGCUCCUCCUCCAAUUCCCGGUUGUGCUCCACCACCUCCGGCUCCUCCGCCCCCCCCAGCUGGCAUACCUGGUCCCCCUCCUCCCCCUCCAUUCAGCAGCCCCCUUCUUGGGGGAGAAGCCAGCUCCCCUGCCAAGAAAAAGAAGACUCUCAAGCUCUUCUGGAGGGAGCUGAAAGACAUAGAUGGCCCUGCCCGGGAAAGUCGGUUUGGGCAGGCCACUCUGUGGGCAUCCCUGGAGAAGGUCGAGGUUGACUCCACUAAGCUGGAGCAUCUCUUUGAGUCCAGGGCAAAGGAGGCUCCAAGCUCCAAGAAAGCUGUGGAUGGAAGGAAGCUGAUUGUGAUCCUGGAUCCCAAGAGGAGCAACGCCAUCAAUAUUGGCUUGACGGUGUUGCCUCCCAUCCAUGUCAUCAAGACGGCCAUUCUCAACUUUGAUGAGUUUGCAAUCAAUAAGGAAGGGAUUGAGAAAAUAUUGACAAUGGUUCCCACAGAGGAGGAGAAGCAGAAGAUCCAGGAGGCCCAACUGGCAAAUCCGAAUCUCCCUCUGGGGUCAGCCGAGCAAUUCCUUCUCACACUCUCCUCCAUCACAGAGCUCCCGGCUCGCCUGCAGUUGUGGGCUUUCAAGCUGGACUAUGAAGCCCUGGAGAAGGAAAUUGUAGAGCCCCUGUUUGAUCUGAAGUUGGGCAUGGAGCAACUAGCCAAGAACCAGACCUUCAGAUGUAUUCUGGCCACCCUUCUAGCCAUGGGCAACCUCCUGAAUGGCUCUCAGAGUCGAGGGUUUGAGCUCAGCUACCUGGCCAAAGUGUCGGAGGUAAAAGACACCGUCCACCGGCAGAGCCUCCUGCACCACCUGUGCCAAUUUGUGGUAGUGGCGUUCCCAGCCACGACAGACCUCUACUCGGAGAUCGCUGCCCUCACUCGCUGUGCCAAGGUGGAUUUUGAGGAGCUGGCAGAAAGUCUCCUGCAGCUGGAACGGCGGUGCAAAGCCUCCUGGGAGCACCUGAAGGCCAUUGCAAAACACGAUUGCAAGCCAGCCCUGAAAAGCAAGCUGGUGGACUUCCUGAAGGCCAGCACAGAGAAGAUGAGUCUCCUUAAGAUCGUCCACCGGCGGGUGUUGAACAGGUUCCGCUCCUUUCUCCUGUUCCUGGGUUACGACACGCCCUCGGCACAGAACAUGCGGGUUACCAGCUUCUGCCAGCUCCUGCGGGAGUUUGCCCUGGAGUACCACACGUGCCGAGAGCGGGUCCUGCAGCAGCAGAAGAAGCGGGCAGCCUAUCGGGAGAGGAACAAGACCCGGGGCAAGAUGAUUACUGAGAUGGAGAAGUUUGCUGCAGCCAGCAAGACUGAAGACGGCUGUGCCCCUCCUGCUGUGCUAUCAGCCAGCCCGGAGCAAAAGGACGAAGCCAGCCAUAAAGACAUGACCAGUUUGCUGGUCUCCCCAGCAGAAGGCCCUGGCCACCGCUCUCGCGCCAGCAGAGGUGUUGGGAAGCAGAGUCCCACCGGAGGGCCCACCCCCCAGGAGGAAGCGGCUGGCUCUCCCGAGGACGCUUCUGAGGAGAUCAUGAACCGCCUGGUCAAGUCCGUGACCCAGAGGUCUCCUGCCCGCUCAGGCCCAGCCAAAGAGCGCCGGCGGUCACGUGGGAACCGGAAGUCCUUGAGGCGCACCCUGAAGAGCGGCCUGAGUGAGGAGCUGGUGCAGGCCUUGGGCCUGGCUCAAUCGGCCAGCGUGAGCGUGUGAGGAGCCCCCCACGGCUGUGCCCGAACUGGAGAGGCUCCUGCCUUUGGAGCCACCUCCCUUCGCCCAGAGGGGCUGGGGGGGGGGAUGUUUCCCACUUGGCCCCUUGUGCCUUGAGGAGCAAGCUUCGCUUGGCCAGCGUGUUGGCCUGUGUGCCUGUGUGGAAGCUCCCGCUCAGGGCUGGGCGCGGAGGUCUCUGUGCCAGAGGGAGGGUGGCUGCUGUCUCCUUCCCUGCCUAUGUCUUGCAGUGGGGAUGGGCAGGCUUAAUGGAGAAGAGGCUGGAGGGAAGAGAACUGGGCACUCCAAAGGAAGGGCUCCCCCUGCCCACCCCCUCUGCUGCCACCACCUCUGCCUCAGGAGGAGCCUCCUUGGCCCUUCCUGGAGUUCAGCUUUAGGAACGAGAAGUAAAAGCCGCUCUUGCGAAUCUCGCCAGGCAGCCGUUCUCCUCUUUUCCUCCCCCGUCUGUUACGUCCUCCGUCUUUGUUCAUGAAGGGGUUUGAAAACUGAGCUGUGUGGAAACCCUCCCCCCCCCAGAACAGAAAGUGGCUGUUGGCUAGCCCCUCCCACCCACUUUCUUCCCCAACAGCAUUCCCCUCCCCCCCAUCGGAGCUUUGGGGCCCAGCAGCCCCUGAGGAGACUCCAGAGAAGGAGAGGCAGCAAGAGCUGAAGGGGGCUUUGUCUGCUUCCUGGGGGUCCCUUUCUCAGGCCAGGAGGAGCCAGAACCCUGCUCUGCCACAGGCUUUGCCCUGGCCCAAGUCUCCGGAGUCCUUGGCACCCAGGGCCUUUUGGAGAGACAGAUGCCUCCUUGGGUGGAAAGAGGAGGAAUGGAAAGCAGUCAAAGAAAGUAAACAACUUGCAAUAAGAUGGGAAAGAAUCCCCCUCCCUCCCUCCUCCUCUUGUUCUUGGUCAGCCACCUGGGCUGGCUGCCUUUUGUUCUUUAAAGUCCCCAUGUUCUGUUUCUGAAACCCCUCAAUGAAAUGCCUCUUUCUGCUGACCUCUUCUCCCUCCCCAUGUCAGUUUUGCACCUGGAUUCUCCCGUGGCUCUCUCUGGGUGACCGAGGCGCUCCUCUUGGGCUGGGGGCUUCCUUCAUAUUGGGUCUGCCUUCAUCUUGCCUGCAGUCUAGUCUCCUCUGUUAUUGUGUGCCUGCAUGCCCUCAGGCACAUACACGCUUUUAAGGACUCGCUCCAACCCUAUUCAACCCCAUCCUUUGUUUCCAAGAGAAGACAUUUCAGGAUAAAUUAAUUAUUUCUUAACUCCCACCUCCCUGUAGUAUAAUAAAGUGAGCAGAAGGACAAAAGGGUACAGAGUCAUUUUUGCACCUUUUGGCCAGGGUCCCUCCGGCUGCUCACCAUCUUCACCAACAUCUCGGGUCUCCACUCCUCCAUCCGUCUUCCUGUCUUCAUUAAACAUCCUUCAGGGAUCUACACAUUCAUCUUGCUUUUCACCGUUUGUGUAGAAAUUGUUCAUUCCUUUCUGUCCAUUAAAUAAAGCUACCUUGGUUGUUAA